AGGCGGGCGGGGGGCGGCCGGCGGGAGGCGGGAGGGAGGCGGUGGCGGCUCUGCCCAUCGUCAGGGCGGCGGCCGCCCAGCCGGAGCCCGCCGAGACCCGCGCGGGCCGCUCCGCUGCCGGCGCCCCCCAUGCGCGGGGGUCGCUCCGCUGGGUCCUCGGCCUUGGCGGCGGUGGAGCAGGAGGCGGCGGCGGCGGCGCAGGACGGGCGGCUGCGGGCGGCGGCGCGGAUGGAAGGUCCCCGGGUGGAUGUUUGCUGAGCAGGCAGGCUGAGUAGGCAGGGCUGGCGGGUCGGCCGGUGUUUCUGAUCCGUGUGUGUGAGUGUGUGCGUGUGCGUGUGUGUGUGUAUGCGUGUGCAUUGUUGUGAGGCGCACGGGCAGGACUGGCGUGUGCGGGAGCCCGGGAUCUCUGCUUCUUCUGCAAGGACUGAUCCAAGAUUAUGGUCAGGGUGAAGAGAGAAGGCUCUUGCUUACCCCCCGGAUUGAUUAUGCGCGGGUGUUGAUUGCAUUCGGGGUUCCUGCAGCCGCGGCCGCCUUCCCCUCUCCGGCGGCCCCCCUCCCUUGUUUUCCGUUAGAAACACGGGCAAGAAAAUAAAUGUAUUCACUGGGUGUCGCAAGAGCAAAGGCUAAAUAAUCGAAGGUAACAGCAGCAGCCAGGCGAAGAGACCCGCACCGUACCCUGCUCACCCGUUCCCAGACCUGCCCUCCUAUUUAUUGGCGAGACCUCCCUCCCUCCCUCUCGGUGCGAGUGCGUUGAGCGACUGUUUGAUCCCGGGAAAAGUGCAGCUAUCCAGCCAUGGUGGUUUUCAAUGGCUUACUGAAAAUCAAGAUCUGCGAGGCGGUGAAUCUAAAGCCCACGGCAUGGUCUCUGAGGCAUGCGGUGGGUCCCAGGCCACAGACCUUUUUGCUGGACCCUUACAUCGCCCUCAACGUGGACGACUCCAGGAUCGGGCAGACCUCGACCAAGCAAAAGACCAACAGUCCUGCUUGGAACGAUGAAUUUGUCACCGACGUUUGUAAUGGCAGGAAGAUAGAGAUGGCUGUUUUCCAUGAUGCCCCCAUCGGGUACGACGAUUUUGUGGCUAACUGCACUAUACAGUUUGAGGACUUGCUGCAGAACGGGAGCCGGCACUUCGAGGACUGGAUCGACUUGGAGCCAGAAGGGAGAGUGUAUGUCAUCAUAGACCUUUCAGGAUCAUCAGGUGAAGCACCCAAGGACAAUGAAGAGCGUGUGUUCCGGGAACGGAUGCGCCCCAGGAAGCGUCAGGGUGCCGUGCGGCGCAGGGUGCAUCAGGUUAAUGGACACAAGUUUAUGGCCACCUACCUUAGACAACCAACAUAUUGCUCUCACUGCAGAGACUUUAUAUGGGGUGUAAUAGGAAAACAGGGAUACCAAUGUCAAGUUUGUACUUGUGUAGUUCACAAGCGAUGUCAUGAACUUAUAAUAACGAAGUGUGCUGGCUUAAAAAAACAGGAAACUCACGAUGAGCAAGUGGGAUCCCAGCGUUUCAGUGUCAACAUGCCUCACAAGUUCAGUAUUCACAAUUACAAAGUGCCCACCUUCUGUGACCACUGUGGUUCAUUGCUCUGGGGUCUUUUGAGACAAGGUUUACAAUGCAAAGUUUGCAAGAUGAAUGUACAUCGACGCUGUGAAACAAAUGUGGCACCAAACUGUGGAGUGGAUGCUAGAGGCAUAGCUAAAGUUCUUGCAGAUCUUGGAGUCACUCCAGAUAAGAUCACUAAUAGUGGGCAGAGGAGGAAAAAGCUAAUUGCAGGUGCAGAGACUCAACCACCAGUUCCGGGAUGUGCAUCAUCAGAAGAAGAUAGGUCAAAAUCAGCACCAACAUCUCCAUGUGAUCAAGAAAUCAAAGAGCUGGAAAACAACAUUAGGAAAGCAUUAUCUUUUGACAAUCGGGGAGAGGAACACAGAGCAACAGCUACAACGUCAACAGACAACCAGCUUAACAAACCUGGGGAGAAUGGUGAAAAUGGGGAGGUCAAACAGGCCCAGAGCAAGCGAAUAGGUCUUGAAGAGUUCAACUUCAUCAAAGUAUUAGGAAAAGGCAGCUUUGGCAAGGUAAUGUUAGCUGAGCUAAAAGGAAAAGAUGAAGUUUAUGCAGUGAAAGUCUUGAAGAAAGAUGUCAUACUUCAAGAUGAUGAUGUAGACUGUACAAUGACAGAAAAGAGAAUUCUGGCAUUAGCACGGAAACAUCCAUAUUUAACACAACUUUACUGCUGCUUCCAGACAAAGGACCGCCUCUUUUUCGUCAUGGAAUAUGUAAAUGGAGGAGACCUAAUGUUUCAAAUCCAACGCUCACGCAAAUUUGACGAACCUCGAUCCCGCUUCUAUGCUGCAGAGGUCACAUCAGCACUCAUGUUUCUUCACCAACAUGGCGUCAUCUACAGGGACCUGAAACUGGACAAUAUUCUUCUGGAUGCAGAAGGCCACUGUAAACUGGCUGACUUCGGGAUGUGCAAAGAAGGGAUUCUGAAUGGAGUGACCACCACGACGUUUUGUGGCACACCUGACUAUAUAGCUCCAGAGAUCCUCCAGGAGCUAGAAUACGGUCCAUCUGUGGACUGGUGGGCUCUGGGUGUUCUCAUGUAUGAAAUGAUGGCUGGACAACCCCCCUUUGAAGCUGACAAUGAAGAUGAUCUCUUUGAAUCCAUUCUUCAUGAUGAUGUAUUGUAUCCAGUCUGGCUCAGUAAAGAAGCUGUCAGCAUUUUAAAAGCAUUCAUGACAAAAAAUCCCAACAAACGACUUGGCUGUGUGGCAUCACAAAACGGGGAAGAUGCAAUUAAGCAGCAUCCAUUUUUCAAGGAAAUUGACUGGGUUCUUCUAGAACAAAGGAAAAUCAAGCCACCCUUCAAACCUCGGAUUAAAACCAAAAGGGAUGUAAAUAACUUUGAUCAAGACUUUACACGAGAAGAACCAGUAUUAACACUAGUGGAUGAGACAAUUAUAAAACAAAUCAAUCAAGAAGAAUUUAAAGGGUUCUCUUAUUUUGGAGAAGAGCUACUGCCAUAGACAACGUUAGGCUGAUGGAUGAAUGAUGCUACAAGAAGGGAUUCUGAAGAGAUCAUCAAAUUACUGAUUCUCAGUAGAUGGAGAACUACUUCUUUUACCCUGAGCCCGUAUCCCAAGUUAAAGUAUAUAUUUAUUGUAUUUUUUCUUUAAUUUUCUGACCUGAAAGCACUCUUAAUUUCUGUCUCACAAAGCAAUGCAAAAUAAUUUUGUAUCAGAAAUUGUGGAUGUAACACACUGCCAUAUAUUUGCAACUUUUCUUUUAUUCCUAAGAAUAGGAAUUUCCAGAGGACAAAAUUGCAUCUUUUCCAUAAAAAAUGAAUCUAUGCUAUUGAAAGCAAUUUAGCAGAUCACAUUCUGUAAUCAUCAUAUAUAAUUAAGCUAAGAAGGUGAGAACUGUUUCUUCUGUAGUGGUAGUUAUGGUGAGAUCUGUACUCAGAUGCCCUUUGUAAAGCAAAGUCUGCCUUCAUGGAGGUGUAAUCCUCAAUUAUUAAUUUAUUGUGGAGAGGUACAAACUAUGAAGUUGUCGUCAGACAACUUUCUUCCAGAAAAAGAAGCACAUCAAUUAAAGCUUUCAGUGAAUUUCCUCGUACAAUAUACAGGAAACUCUUAGGAAUAAGAGACAAAAAGCUAACUGAAAUUUUAUUUAAAGCAAGAAACAGAUGCUACAUGGAUAGAUAUUAAAGGGCUAAAGAAUAAAAAGCCUACAGUAUUUUAAUUCAGCUAUAUAUAACCAUUUUACUACUUUUUAGACAAUUUGCUGUACUAUCCAUGUUACCAAAUUAAAUAACCUUUUAAAUGAACCAAUAAUGUGAUGGCAAGCUUGCAAAUGUUUACAGUUAAUUUUACAUAAAAAAUUAAUUAUAAACAUUAUAAAUUUGCAUUUUCCAUAGUAGCUAAGUUGGUAAAUAAUUUCUUAUUUAUAUUUAUUUUCUCAGCAGUGUGUUGCUUUUGCACACUUUUACAAAACCAUAAUACUACUGUGUAUGUUGGGUUUUAUGUUUAAAGUCUAAAGAGAAAUCUGCUUUUAGAAGACACAAAAUAAGGCUACACGUGCAUUAUGUGGAGAUGUGUUAAAAAACUGAAGAUCAAACAUUCACAAACUGACAUUAUUAAAAGUUGUAAAUUGAUAUUUUUUUGUGUAUGAAUUGAAAUGGUAACUCAUGUGGACAAUAUUACUAAUGUGAAGUUACCUCCUGUAGAUACGCUAACAGUGUUAUGUACUUAUAUUUCCAGGGAUACCCUGUGAUUUGGUUUUGGUUUUGAUUUUUUUUAAUUUUUUUUUUUUAAUAUUUUUGUUUGUUUGUUUGGGUUUUGUUUUGGUUUGAUUUGGUUUGGUUUUUUGUGUGUGUGUAUAUGUAUCACUGAGGUAAUUUUAUUAUAUAUUUUACUGGACUGAGUGAGCGGUCAUUGGAAUCCAUUUUAAUUGUUGCACAUGGAUUUCCAGCUGCACAAAAAUACAUAUACUUGUGAUUGGCAAAGUGGCACUAAAGAAGCUUUUUUGCCUUUUGUACAGGUGAGAUUUUGUAUAUAGUGUUUGCUGCAAGGCCUGUGGAAUUCAUUGAAUAUAGAGGUAUCAACUGCUGCAUGUUCAGGCAUACUAUUAAAAUGUUAGUCUAUGAAAGAAUAAUUAUAAUAAUGUCCAUGUGCAAUACUCUUGUAUGUGUAUUGGUUCAAGUUACUGACAGAAAGAUGAGGUUUUUGUUAUAAAAGAUGUAGACAUAUAUUAAGCUAUACUAAAUCUCUUGUAUAGUUCUCUUCAACUCUAUUAUGACAUGAUAGAGCUCAGAAAGAGAAAGGAAUGUUACAAAUUGUGGUGGACAAAGUGUGAAUCAUUGGCUUUAAGAGAUAAUCUCAGUGUCAAGCAGAUGAGUUAGUUUGUGUCAGUUUUGUGUCUGGCUGCUCAUAGCCUGUUUUUGAUGACACCAUUCAGUUCCAUUUUGUUUUGUUUUUAAAACUCAGGUGUAAUUAUUAUAUAUAUUCUUAUGAUUAUUUCAAAAUAUUAAAUAUUAUGAUAUAUCAAUUAAUGUGUUGUCUGGCCUACAAGUGUAAUAAGGAUCAAGCCUUUAGUUUAAUUUAAUUUAUCUUCAGUAAUCUUUUGUACUGGGAAAAGACUAGCUUCUGGAGCUGAGUACCAGCACAGAAACAUCUUAAUGAUUGCAUCAUCUCAAUGUUUAAAUUUCUUUCUCUCUUAGAAAUAUAUUGUAGAGCUGCCCAUCAAUUUGUGUCUCGCCACUGGCUCUGUUUAUUUCUCAUCACGGUUAGCUUUUGACGUCCAGGCAAGAACUGAUCAUAAUGCUAAGGUGUUCUUUUCCAUGGGUGAGUAGACUGCUAGGAAGGCAAGUUAUGGGAUCGUGCACUACUGUUUGUCCAACAAGAGGCCUUUACACAGAGCUCUGAGCAUUUAUUUUGAAGGAAUAAAAGUAUCCCAUAAAGCUAUUGUGCGCAAGCUAUGUAGUCUGUAUUUCCCUUUAUAACAUGAAGAUAAUUAGCAAAUGUUCGUAUGUCAAGGGGCCUCAGCGCCUGCAGUGUUGGGUAGGAUGCUAAGAGAAAAGUGAAGGAGAUAGAAACUAUUGCAUGGGCAGAUAUUUCUUCAGUAUAAGUAGUUACAUCCUCUGCCUUGGGUUUACAUCAGAAGGUCUGUCUGUUACCUUGAACAUUUUUUAAAGGUAACUCUUAAAAAAGGACAUUAUGUUUCUGCUUGUUCUGUAGAACCUUUUCUGUUCCUUCUUUGUAAAAUGAGUGCAAAAUGCCAAAAAUAUUAUUAAUAAUAAUAAUUAUAAAGAAUACAUUGUUUCUUGGUUUUCCUCCCAUUUAAAAAUGGAAAUACAUUUUUCUCCAUAGGGUGAAAAAUAAUUCUCUCCAAAAAGGUUUAAAAAUUACCUCUUUUUAAAUUAUGUGCAGAAUAGUUCUAGCUAAAUAUAAAAUGCAUUCACUUGGGGGGUAGUUUUUUUUUUUUAUUGUGAGGAUUUAUUUGUACAGAAUUUUUUUCUUAUGGAUGUAAUUUGAAUCUCUUGCCACUCAUUAGUGUUAUUUCAUCAUAAACAUUAUUACUGUGCCAAAUGUACUGUAUUCAAAAGGAUGUGAAUGUGUAUUGUUUUGGAACCUAAUAAAUACAAUGAUGUUAAAUCUUA